AAAUUUAGAGCUGUAGUAAUCUAUUUCAACAUGGCUGCGACAGGGUGUUUCAAAUGAACUCGUUUAGAAAAAUGAACUUUUUACUUACGUUCUGCCAUAAUAUCUCAGAUCAUAUGCCGUAGACACCGGCUGUACUGUACAGUUGCUUGUUCGCUAACCCUAUUCUAACUGAAGCUACAAUUCCUUACGGCCUGCGUGUGAGCUAGCUAGUGAGUGUGUAUGCAACAUAAGGUAAAAGUCAAGCAGUCCCACUUGUAGCAACGUAUAAUUUUUACUUUAGCUUCAUGAAUUAAGGAUAACGCAAUGAGCUACAGUUAGUCCGGCGCAUCAUUUGUCUUUACCCUCACAGACUAAUCUGCAUCUCCAAUCAUGGACCGUUGGAAAGGCCUAUAUUACGAAAGAUGCCGGCUAAUUCCUUCCCACAGCCAGACUAUUCGUCUAGCACAGGGUUCACACAUCGCCCACUCCCAAGGCUUCCAAAUCACAAUGAAGAGUUUGGAUGGACCUCAUAUACACCAGGAGUCCUCCGAAGGUGAACAAGCAGUCACUUACCAGCUCAGAUUGUCCCUGUUGGAUAAAAGCCACCAGCAUUUCUUUGGGAGAACAUGGAAGAGCUCAACUCAGAGGAUGAAAGCCAACUGCAAGAUAAAGUUCAAUGAGGUGGUAUAUUUCCACACCUCCCUGAGGGUGCCCAGUGUGCUGGCCGUGGUGGAGCUGGUGGCGUUAUCACCCAGGGCAGAAGGCUCCCAGCAUGCACUGGGGUGCGGCUUCGGGAUUCUGGACUUGUUUGGCAGCCAUGCAGAACCUCAGGCCACCGAAGGGGACAGAAGACUGGACUGGUACUAUGGAACACCCAGGACUCUGCUUCAGCCCGAGACAAUGGAUCCCAAAAAGCAGCUCCUGAGGAUUAUUGAAGGAGCUCACUUGGUGUUCAACGUCAAACCACAUCCUGCUUUGGCUCCCAUCAUGCACCUCUUCCCUGAGAACAUCCUGGUAUCUGGGGAUGAAGACAUUCCAGGGCUGGUGCCGUCCCCAACAGGAGACUCUCUGUUGAAGCCUCACACCCUGGAGAUGGUCAGCUGCUCCUUGGACAGGCUGACCAUCUCGCUCCAUCCCUCCCUGGACAAGUUUGAGACCCAGCUGCUGCAUCUGAUCAACGCAGACUGCAACAACAUGAAGCACUGGGGCCCAGAGGGCACGCUGAAGGCAGUGGUCAUCCAGGAGAGGAGGCUCCACGUGGGGGUCCACAAUGGCUGGGCCUUCCUGGAGCCGCCCCAGGUGGUGGUGCUGGAACUGCAGACCCGGGCCCAGGGGAGCAGGGUUCACAAGGGGUCCCCCUCCCGACAGAACAGCCUGACCAGAGAAGGCACCUCGUCAGCGGCUCAAACCCUGGCCCUGCGCAGCAGUCUGGAGCUCAAGCUGGCCGAUCACAGGGAUUUUGGGAUCGUCCUGCAGCUGGAGUACGUCUUCUCCACUCCAGUUGGCGGAGAUGGGAAGGUGUCCCUAACCUCCACAUCUAGAGCUGCCUUCAUGCAGUGCCUUCGCUGGGGGGUGUGGUGCCCCUUUGAUGAGUCCGGCGCAUGGAAGGGAGACGAUGUACAUCUGGCCCUGCAGGGUGGCGCCGCACCUAACCCAUGGGCCGCCAUGGUCUACACAGAAUCAGCCAAACCACAGAGCCCUGUCCAGGGAAGGGGAGAGAGAGAUGUGGCCAGGUUCGGUCUGGUGUCGGGCUUGGAAAAGAAGAUUCCCAGCCCAUCUGUCUCUCCACACACCAAGCGAGAGAACACAUUCAGACAUAAGAAACCCCCCCCGUCACCUCUACCAGGUCCCAGACUCGCUCUUCAAGCCUCUCCCCCGUCACCACCUCAAGGCCCAGGGCUCUCAUUGUCUCAGCUGGCAGCUACUUCACGCUACCCAACCAUGAGCCACUCCAGCGCCGCGUCACCAUGGCAACAACCGCUUUCCUCUGUGCUCUAUCCUUCCCCGUUGGCAACGGCCCACCAGCUGUCACAUGUCGCCGUUCCCGCCAUCACCAACAUCGGCCACCUGGAGGCCGACCUGACACGGUGCUCGUCCCCCGAGGGCCAUGAGGAUUGGGACCCGCUCCAGGAGCUUCCUUUCACCCCUGUCCAUGCCCCCAUCGUUGCCAUGGGAACACACGUACCCAGCUCCUCUUCAAGAAGUUCACGGAGCUCCAUGGCCCACAUCUUCUCUGCAGGCUUCCCAGAUAUUGUGGACCGGAGCGGGCAGGUGGCUGAAGUCCUGGACCCGACAGAACCAGUCAACUUUGACCCCCAGCGAGAGGAAGCAGACUCCCUGCAGGGCAAUCUGCUGGUGCUCCAGUUUCUGGCAUUUUCCAGGAUGAAGGAGUCUGGCGUGAGCCCAGACUGGCCGUCCUCCAUCUACAUUACCUUCCAGAUCUACCGGUUCCCACCCACCACCACCCACCGGCUCAGCCUCCAGACCCCGGACCAGGCCCAGCACAAUCCCAGAGACACACUCCCCUGUGUCCUGGCUGCAGUCAACCAGGAUGGAACUGUCAAUACUGAUCCUCCGGGGCUGCAGCUCCAGUUCCCAGUGGACCAGGCCCUCCUGCAGCCUGGGGAGCGCAGCUGGUUCCUGCGCUACCUGGCCCUGGACACGCUCCAGCUGGACGUGUGGGACGCAGACUCGCUGCUCCUCAUCGGCUCCGCAGGCAUCGGGCUCAAGCAUAUGUUGCGUCAGGGCCGUGCGGCGGUCCAGGCCACCUACGAGCUGGAGGUCAUCAACACGGAGUACGUCAGCGAGGAGGCCGUGGUGACGGGGGGGGACCUGACGGGGCGGAAGGGCGUGACCCCCAUUAACGUCCUGACCGUGGUGAAGGGGAAGUUACACAUGCGCAUGGGCAACGUGGGUUGUCCAGUGAAGCACACCUCAGGGAGACCCUCAGCCCUCCCUCUGCCUCAUUCCCGCCUCAUCUCAUCUCACUCCAGUGGAUUCAGAGGAGGCAGUCUGUUCUCUACGAACAUCCACGGAUUUAACGUUCAGAACACGGCGAGGGCACAGAGGAUGGUGGAGGUCGAUGGAGACCUGUUGGCACUACUCCAGAGCAGGAUCAAGGAUGCAACCCUCGUGUCUGGUGGGCAUACCUGGGGCGAGAUGGAUGACGUUCGCAAGCGGAAGCUUGAGCGCAUGGCUGCCGUCCGCCAGCGAGAGGGACAGGCAGAAGCGGCCAAUGAUUUCAAGACCAAAGUCAUGGGCAGACGAGAGGAGCGUGCGCAGUUGGCGCGGGACUUGCGUCUGAUCGAGGCUUACCGGGAAAGGUGCAAAGUGGAAGGCAUUACCAACAUGCUGAGCAGAGCCAUCACCACUCAGCACACCAUGUACGCCACUUUGGGAACUGCCGAGUUCUUUGAGUUUGUGCUCAAGAACCCCUACAACGUGCAGCAGACCGUAACCAUUGAGAGUGAUGAUAGAGAGCUCAGUGUCAUCACAGACUCAGCAGAGUGGAGACAUUUCAAGGACCUGACCAAAACCUUGACCCCUCUGGAGGAGAACAUGUUUCAGCUCAAAGGGAACACCCUAACGCCCCAGGUUUACCUCCGGCCUAAAGAGUGUGUCUAUAUCCCCCUCAAAUACCAGACGUUCUACUCACAGCACUCUGCCGUACCCCAGGGACCAAGUUUCCUUCCCACAGGCAGACAAGCUCAGGUGGCUAAGAAGCACCAGUCCAACACCAUACUGGCCAAGACAGUCAAGGUGACAUUCAGGUCAGAGGACGGCAAACCUCUGGCCAUCUUCGAAGUGAAGGUGGAGCCCACACCCUCUAUUGUGGAUCAGUCCAUCCGCUUCUAUCACCCCGAGAGCUGCUUCCUGAAGAAGUCUCUCCGCCUUUCCCCCUGGGAGGACCUAGCAGCAGCAGGAGACUCAGAUGUUGGAACUCCCAUCUCAGUGCGCUGCAGUGACCCCAAUGUCAUCUGUGAAACGAGGCUAGUGGCAAAAGGGGAGCCUCGAGAUCUGUAUUUAAAAGUUCCAGGAUGUCCCAGUCCACAAGUCAAAAAGUUCUUCCUCAUAAUCUACACCGAUAAGUGGCUGGUGACGCCCUCCCAGAUAUGCCUGGUGUAUAUCCACUUCCUGCAGAGAGUGGAUCUGAGCUGCUACUCUGGCCAACAGACCUGUCAAUCACUGGUGCUGAGGGGCACUCAAGCCAUCCGGAAGGUCAAGUGCUACGUGUCUCAUCAGCUGGAGGUCGAGAUGGACCCAGCUGGGGUGUUUGUGCUCCCCCCUGGGGCUGUGCAGGAGGUACAGCUGCGUGUGCAGCCUCGUAAGCCAGGCAGCAAGUUUGUCUUCCUCAGCAUGGUGGAUGUGGAGCACCACACCCUGGUCACUGGCUGGCUUCUAUGUCUCAACAUUCAAAAGCCCCUUCUUUCCAAGGCGUUUGAGGUGUCCGUCCCUGUAGGGAAUGGCCGUGGCAGCACCAGGAAGCUCACAUACACCAACCCCUACACCAGCAGCAGAGUCUUCUUACUGCGCUCCGACCACCCAGACCUUCUUCAGUUCAAAGAAGACCACUUUGAGGUGGGUGGAGGGCAGAGCUAUGUCAUCGGACUGCGCUUUGCCUCCAGCCAGAGUCCCGGGUGCCAAGAAAUCUACGUCUACGUGAACAACCAGGAGGAGAAGACAGAGGAGACCUUUUGUGUGAAAGUCAAGUACUCCUGACAGUCACCUCCAUGCUGAACCGGCCCCUGAGUAACUACUGUAAAGUUGUAAUGUUGACAAUAUUUGGUUCAAGCAAUUACUGAAAGUGUCAAGCAUUUAAAGUAGAUGGCUCAGUGCAAUUAAAGGUACAUUGCAUAAAAAAUAACAAUUUGAAGCUAGAGAAGGAGUACAAAUUAGAAAGUUAGACGUGAUCAUUUGGAUAUUAUACUGUGUGUGUGGGUGUUUAAAGUAAGUGAUUGUCUGCUGUUUGAGACAAAUGUUCCUGCAAUGCUAUUUUAAGCAAUAACUUUGCACAUGGGUGGAGAAGUCAUGCAGUUAACAAUUUACUGGCAAUUUCACCUAAAUAUGUAGGUCAUGUUUCAAAAAUCCAAAGUAAAGUCUUCACAUGAUACCAAAAGAACAUACCCUGAAGAGUGAGCUUGUUCAUUUUAAACAAGUCUCUCUCUCCCCCUCUCUCUCUCCCCCUCUCUCUCUCUCUCUCUCUCUCUCUCUCUC